CGAGGUCGGCGUCUCCCAAAGCAUUCCGCUUCUUCGCAGUGCAGGAAUUAUAAGCUAACACCCCCUCCAACUUUUCGCCUUCCUAAAGUAGCGGAAGACUUUUCACUUUGUACUCCCCGGCACCGUAUAACAUCAGACCACUCUCGUUUUACAGGAGACGGCCUCAUCACUCCUCAAAAACCACUCCUCCGCUCUCAGCCCACUAAACGUACCUUUCCUAAAUCGAAGCAAAUCAUCAUUCGAAACUGCGUCUUUCACAAGUCUCAAAAUGGUGAGCUCCAUUCCGGUUCCAGUCGUGCCCAUCCGGGAGGAGCAUCGAGAGCUCUUCAAAUCCAUCAACUCCUUCGUUUACGAGUACAUGUCCUCACCAGGCCACGACAACUCGCACGACUACUACCACAUCUUGCGGGUCCUGUCCAAUACAAACCGCAUCUUCGAAGCAGAACAGAAAGCCAAUCCGGACUGCAACUAUGACACUUCAGCCGUCUUCCUCGCUGCCAUUCUCCAUGACGUAGGCGACUACAAGUACGCCAAACCUGGAGAAGACGUUGAAAACCAGGUCUCCAGACUACUUCAGGACCGAGGUGCAUCAGAAGAGCUUGCCCGCAAGGUGCAGACGAUCGUCAAGCAUGUCGGAUAUACCAAUGAGACCAAGAGCCCUCAGUCAGUGGUGGAUAUGUUGUCCAAGUACCCCGAACUCGCCAUUGUGCAGGAUGCCGAUCGGCUGGACGCUAUCGGUGCCGUGGGCGUGGGCAGAUGCUUCGCGUUUGGAGGCGCGAGAAAGGAGGGUCAGCCUAUGUCUGUCGCCAUCGACCAUUUUGAUGAGAAGCUGUAUAAGCUGCCAGACAUGAUGAAAACGAAAAUAGGAAAAAGGAUGGCGGCGUCGAGAAAGAAGAUACUGGAGGAUUUCGCUGCUCAGUUCAACGAGGAGACAGAGCUCUCCUUCCCGCUUCAAUAGUUGAUCGUGGGUUUGACGAAAGCGUGCCGAAGCAUUAGCAUAUGGGCAGCAAUCACCGGUACUUAUUCCCCACUUUCGAUGGAAGCCAAGAACCGUCCAUCGGCGCAAUGUUCGCUCAGAAUGGAACCUCUGCUCAGAUUUUCGGGCUGCUCCCGCAGUGUCCUCCCCAAACCAAAUUGCACGAAUAUGUCAUCUCUGCCGGCUUGCGUCACUUUGCUAACUUCUCCAUCUUCCUAAACCUUUCAAUGCCUUAUAGUGAAUUACCACUGGCAAUGAGAGCCUAUGUCUCUAACAUAAUCAGACUUUUGGGGCUGGAGACCGUUGGGGCCGGCCCUAGCACAUACAUCUAUGGAAAUUAUGGUU